CAAGGUUAGGUCCGCCGGCGAGUACGUGUCCCUGUUCUCCGUAUCUUGCAUCCUGAUUUUGAAGUAUUUAGCUAUCCUCAAAAACCAUAGAAAAACUGAGAUCUUUCUACCUUGGCUCUUUACAUGCGUUAAACCUCUAGGCUUUCCACCAACAUGGCGGUACACUUCAAGUUUCGAAGCUCGGUCGCCUUCGAUUCCAUCGACCUUGGCGGUCGCCCCUCCAUCUCUGUCCGCGACCUCCGUGCGAAGAUCGCCGACCUCAAGAAACUCAGGACUUGUGCUGAUUUCGAUCUCGUUCUUGCCGAUGCCGAUACUGGCCAAGUCUUUGAGAAUGAGUACUUCCAGAUUCCGUUGGGUGCUAGCGUAGUCAUCAAGCGAGUGCCAACAGGAAGAGAUGCGACUAAUGAUCAGGAUGUAAUUGCUGCUACUGCGGGAAAAUCGGGAGGAUAUAUUGGAACGCUCUCACUCUCAAAUUCCGAGAAUUUUGAGAACAACAACUUUGACGACUUUGGUGUUGAUUUAUAUUCCAAUUUAGAUGCUCCAAUUCAUUGCUAUGCUGAUCAUAUGGACCACAUUAAUAUUGCUGUUAAUAGAAAGAAGGAUGUUUCCACCAGAUUCUUGGAAGUACCCAAGCUUUGGGGUCAAAAACUUGAUGGCAGCGAUGUUAGUGAGGCCUUGUCCAACAUUGGUGAAAACUUCCGGAGGGAGUCUGAUGUAGAAGAGAACCAAAAGGCAAUGAACACAAAUAGCAAUGUUAACCUGAAUAAGAAACUUUCCGAGGAUAUGCACUUUCAGGUGACAUUUAAUACAGAUUUGCCAGCGGAGCUUAGGUGUUCGCUUUGCAAUUCUAUAUUUAAUGAGGCUGUAAUGAUACCCUGCUGCCAACAUAGUUUUUGUAACAAAUGCAUUACUUUGGCAUUAAUUAAGCAAUCAAGUUGUCCGAAAUGUUCUUCCACAAAAUGCACCGUCAAGGACCUGUUGCCAAACUUGUCUCUUCGACAGGCAAUUGAACAUUUUCUCGAUGCACAGAAUUCCAUUAAUGUUUCAUAUAACAAUCUUCCAAUAUAUGCUCCUGAUGGAGAAUCUGGAAUUCAAGCAAAAGAGGCAUCAUGUGCGGUGUCGGUACAACAACAAGAACUCACAUGUCAGCCUUCUUCUACAACAGGGGUGGGGUCCAACCAGAUUAUUUCAGAACCUGCUCGUGACAAUGGAAGAGUUCCAAUUCCUCCAAGCAAGUAUAGAAAGCAUGAGCGAAACUGUUAUAUGUGUGGUUCCCCAGAUCACUUGAUUAGAGAGUGUCCUCAUGCCAAAACUGGAAAUGCUGUUUGUUCCGGGGGCAUUCCACGCUACCAAGAAGGCUAUUGGCAUGGGGCCUCUUUGUCAAAUGUUAGGCCUUAUGCAAAUAUAUAUGGCGUCCCUCCUCUAAUGCAUUUUGAUCCAAUGAUGUUUCAGGCCCCGACUUUUGCCAUUUCAUCAUGCAUGCCACCCAUGUAUGGUGGUCUGGCAGCUCCCUAUGGAUUCAUGAGAACAGGGGCUGUCCCACAUGUCAUGAUGCCUGGAGCAGAGCCUAGAAUUCAUGCUGCUGAAACAAUGAAUAAACAAAAUGGUGAAGGGAAACACUAUUAUGGAUCUCGUGGGAGAUAUCUUGAUUCUGAUUUAUCUGAAGAUUACUACUCUGGUGGAGCUGAAAGAUCGCCUGCAUGGCGAAUUCAACCAGAUAAACAUACUAGCUCUGAUGAUGAGGAGCAGAGGGCUCACAGAAAGAACUCUCAUUACACACAUAAUAGUACUCGUCAAAGGCCAAGUUAUCACGAUGAUAAGUUUCAUUUGAUUGAUGAGAAAUAUAAGGAACCUUGUAUUUUUGCCUGUGGAAGGGAACAGAGAGCUCAUUUUUCUGAGAAAUCAAAAUCUGAUUUACAAGAUUUGUCUAAUGACACCAGAAGGCAUAGUAGAGAGAGAAAAAAUCACCAACACAACUGUUCUGAGCACAGUGGGAGUGAUUGUAGCUGGAAAAACCAUUGUAGGAGUAGGAUGCCUGAAGAUGGUGACUUUGUUACUCUGGUUAAAAGACGUCGCAACAAUCAGUAUAAUCAAUCAGAAUUUUGCUUGGAACCUGAAUCCUCCAUUGACCAUAAAAAUUUCCACAAGGAACGAGAGUCUAGUCACAGUUCCAGGCACUCUAGUAAAAUAAUUAAGUCUAGAGAUGAGCGGCUUGAUAAUGAUAAACAAGUGAUGGUUAAAGGCUGGGAAAAGUGUGAGAGAGAUCAUCGCUACAAGGAAUAUGGGAGAUUCCGUUGAAACUUUUCAAUUUUUUGUUGGUUUUUUUGGAUAGAGGAAGUGGAUAUAAUCCAGCUGGAGCAAUGCGAUUCAGCAGCCACAGGAAAUAUAUCAUAUGAGAUUUUAUGCUUGAUAAAAAUUGACCUUGGAGCUAACCUUCUCUUAUGUUUGGAGUUAUAUUGUUCUUUCACUUGAUAGUUCCAAAGUCUUGGGAGGUUCAAAACAGCACACUUAUGUAGAGCAAAGUAGAUCUUUGUCAAUUGUUGUUCUUGAUAUGGUGAAAUCCAUUGUGCCUGCUUAGUUAGAAAAUUUCACUGGAACUAAAAAGAGGCAAUGGAAGAAAAGUUCUCAAUGAACCAAUAACCCGUAAGUUCUUUUUGUUUUUUGGUUUUUUUUUGUUCUCGAAGGGUUUGCAAUGUCUUCUAAGAUUAGUUAUUUGGUAUAUUUGUUAUCGGUAAUGAUUGUAGCUAUAAAUUGGAAUAGUUGGAAUAAGGUUACUCAUCAUUCAGAUGAUUUUCGUAACUAAUAUUAGUAUAUUGUGUUUCUUUAAUUCUUAUGCCUUUUCUUAUAAACCCGUAGAUUCUUCUGUUUGGUAAGUUUUCAUUAAGCCUUGUGUCACGUGGUAAAGUAGACUGGCUUAAGCUUUCCAGGCCUGGUCUGUUGUUCACUGGAGGUAGACCACCAGGCUUGUCGUUCUGAUUUUCAUGUGAUUUACUGAAGUUAUAUCCAGUUUCAGGCUUUGGGACCUAUCUGAUAGACUGAGCCAUUUCUAAUUUUGUCAGCCAUUGAACUGGCAGUUCUUUUAAUUAAAUGUGAUUUACUUAUGCUUAUUCAAAAUUUCUUUUUAAGCAUUAAAUGAUAAAAUUACUUGUGUUAAUUUAGUAAAUUAUAAUUGCAUUGUGUACACAUUUGGUUAUUUCGAAAUAUAUAAUUCAAUAAUAAUUAAGUUAAGGGGUAAUGAUAAAUUAGGAAGAGUGGAGUGAUGAUUAUUUUAGUGAGACUGGAUAUGAAGUAUGAAAAUAAAUUUAUGUGUUCUGAGCAUUUAUUGUAAAUAUUGAUAAAAUUAAUGUAGCGUAAUUAGGGCUGUUUGGGUUUGCUUAAAAGGAAUGCAGAGUAAUCAGAUUAUAGUAUAUUAAUGAUACUCAUUGGUUAUUUGGUUGCCCGUAAAGUAAAGUAAAUACGUAAUAAUUAUUUUUUCUGUAUGAUUAGAUGCAUGUACAGUAAAAGAAAAAACAAUGUAGUUUGAAUACUUAGGGGUUGUUUGACU